CCCACCCCGCACCUAGAGAGCCUGCCAGCCGCGGGGAAGCGAUCCCCGGCGCCGGCGGGCGGCCGCGGCGUCCGACUGACCGACGGGGGAGGCUCCGCGCCCGUCCGGAGCGCGCGGCCGGCAUGGCGACGCGGAGAAGCGCCUCGGGGGCGCGGGCGCGGGAGGGUCCUCGUGCCCCCGCCGCAGGAAGUGACCAGGUUCACUCCUGGAUGCUAGCCACCAGCCAGGCUUUGGGUACCGUGUGGAGACUAGCAAAGGGGUCGGUGAUGUUGGCAGCGGCUUGUAUGGUGGCCGCCCUUUGCUACUGCCGGAGGAUGCACUGUGAUUUAGGGCACUGGCUGAAAUGGUGGAUUGGCUAUCUGCAGAGAAAAUUCAAAAGGAACCUCAGCGUCGAGGCUGAGGUUGAUCUGCUCAGUUACUGCGCAAGAGAGUGGAAAGGAGAGACGCCACGUGCCAAGCUGAUGAGGAAGGCUUACGAGGAGCUGUUUUGGCGGCAUCACAUCAAAUGUGUCCGACGAGUGAGGAGAGAUAACUAUGAUGGACUGAGGUCAGUGCUGUUCCAGGUCUUCAGCCAGGGCCUCUCCUUUCCGUCCUGGAUGAAAGAGAAAGACAUCGUGAAGCUUCCUGAAAAACUGCUCUUUUCACAAGGUUGUAAUUGGAUCCAGCAAUACAGUUUUGGUCCUGAGAAGUAUACAGGUUCCAAUGUGUUUGGAAAAUUACGUAAAUGUGUGGAAUUAUUGAAAAUACAGUGGGCUGAAUUUAGUGGAAUUAAAGAUUACCACAAGAGAGGAAGUAUGUGCAACAUCCUUUUUUCUGAUGUUCUUCUGGAAUAUAAACUAUAUGAAGCUUUAAAGUUUAUCAUGCUCUAUCAAGUCACUGAGGUUUAUGAGCAAAUGAAGACUAACAAGGUCAUUCCCAGUCUUUUUCGACUCCUGUUUGCCCGGGAAACAUCAUCUGACCCUUUAAGCUUCAUGAUGAACCACCUGAAUCCUGUGGGCGACACGUGUGGACUGGAGCAGAUCGAUAUGUUUAUUCUUGGACACUCCCUUGAAAUAAAAAUCAAAGUGUUCAGACUGUUCAAGUUUAACUGCAGAGACUUCGAGGUCUGCUACCCAGACGUGCCACCCAGGGAGUGGCCAGAGAUCUCCCUGCUGACGGAGAAUGACCGCCACUACCACGUUCCCGUCUUUUAAGUCUGGUGUGGACUGGGCACCAGCUCUCGCCAGUGACAACAGGCACACUUUCAAGGAAAGUCCAGUGGGAAAACCAAAGGUAGCGUUGCAGUCCCCGAAAGGCUGAGGACCUUCUUCUCUGGAGUGGCAGGUGCGCUGGACACAGGGCUGCGUGGAUGGCAUUCCUUUGUUUUCCAGCAAUUUCCUCCAGACCAGCCUCACUAAUAUUUGUGGGUUGGUGGUUUGACCUUGCUCAUAUGGGCUCUGGUCAUUUCACAUGUGGCAGGCUUUUCAGGGCACAAGGACUGCAAAUUGGGCAGUGCAACAGGAAAAAAUUGAGAAGAAAAGGGAAAUAGGACUAACAGGAAAGACCUUGUUUCUAACCUUGAUGUUCUCGUUAGGAACCUUGUCUUUGACUGAUUUUGGAUCUUCAUAAGUGUGGCCUCAUUUUAGAAGCAUUACCUUCCCCGGAAUCUUUAUGGUAUAUUGAUUUUUCUAGAACCACUUGAUUAACUGUAAAGUCAUGUGUGUUUUUGUGUGUGUGUGUGUGUACAUACAUAUACACAUGUGUAUACAUUGUAUAGUUUUGUAUAUACAUAUAUGAACACAUACACAAAUAAUCACUACUUUGUAAUGUUGUACAAUUUGUUUUAUAUCGCUUUACAUUUUUUUGGUUACCUUUGCAUCUGGCCAGUCCAAUCUGUUUUAUAUGGGUAAAAAAGAUUAAUUCUGUAGGUUAAGGCAACUGAAUGACAAUUACUGAACCAUUACAAAACAUUAAACUGUGGUGUAUUUAUUUA